GAAGAAAAUGCUUUUAUGAGGUUGUCUCAGAGAGAGGAUGAAAAAACUUUAAAUCUGUAUCAGAUUCAGAUGCUAUUUGAGGGGAGUAUAUUAGGCUACUGUGAUAAAGUAUUGAUGUUAAAUUUAAUUAACAAGCUACCAGUCCAGUCUUUGCCUCAUACACAUUGUGACUAUACCUGAAACGUGACUUUGGCAUCACCAUCUCAGUAAAAGCUGUAAUUCUACUUGUUGAUGAACAUGGCCACGGAUAUCUUCAACUCCAAAAACUUGGCCAUUCAGGCCCAGAAGAAGAUCCUUGGCAAAAUGGUAUCCAAAUCAAUAGCAACUACCUUGAUAGAUGACACCAGCAGUGAUGUUUUAGAUGAGCUCUACAGGGUGACAAGGGAAUACACUCAAAACAAGAAAGAAGCAGAAAAAAUCAUUAAAAAUCUCAUCAAAACAGUCAUCAAAUUGGCAAUUCUCUACAGGAAUAACCAGUUUAAUCAGGAAGAAAUAGCACUGAUGGAGAAGUUUAAGAAGAAGGUUCAUCAGCUGGCUAAAACCGUGGUCAGUUUCCAUCAGGUGGAUUAUACCUUUGACAGGAUUUUUUUGUCCAAAUUGUUGAAUGAUUGUAGAGAGAUACUUCAUCAAAUCAUCCAACGCCACCUAACUGCAAAAUCACAUGGACGUGUCAACAACGUGUUUGAUCAUUUCUCUGAUUGUGAAUUUUUGGCUGCCUUAUACAAUCCCUUCGGACCUUAUAAGCCCCACUUGCAGAAACUCUGUGAUGGUGUCAACAAAAUGCUAGAUGAGGGAAACAUAUAAGUACUCGCAUUACGGUUGACUGCUCGUGUGUAAUUUGUAGAAGGAACACUGCUGAUUUAUGAAGGAAUAAGGGACCAUACAAAGGUAGUUUUUUUAAUAUAACAGAUGCUUCAGAAAAAUCUUUACCAAACUGAGUAUUAUGAGCCAUCUAUUGCUAUUCCCAGUCAACCUGGAACAAAGACUUCGAACAAUACUGCUUUAGUGUGCUUUGCCUAAGGAAACGGCUAGAUAAAGGUUGUGAAACAGAGCAGCUCAAGUAGAGGAAGACUCUUGUGAAGUAUAUAAUAAAAUGAAAUUAUAUGUAGUCAAACAAUCCAACUAUGUAAUCUUACAUUUAGAGUAAUAUUUAUAAAUCAUCAAAAGGCUAUUUUUUUGUAUCAGACUAGCAUGGUGAUGGUACAUUCUGUAAUUUCUUUAACUCACAUGUUAAAAA